AACUCUUCAUUCAUUCAGAAAAUGGCUUCUAGAUUUACAAUAGAAACAAACAAAAGAUUUCUUCAAGAAUAUGACAUUUCUAAAGAUGAUGAGUAUUUAGAUGCUUUACGAGGAUACUAUGCAGAUUUAAAUGGUGUAAAAAACCAAAUGAAAUUUGAAGACAUUGUUAAAUCAAGAAAAAGUAUUGCCGAAAUUAAUAGAGAAUGUCCAGAUACAGUUAAUCCUUCAUUCUGGAAGAAGUCAUUUAUAGACAAACUAGAGGGUGUUUAUGAAGUUAUUCCAAACAAAUUAUACCAAGUAAGAGCAGAAUCUCUUGAUAUUGCAAAUUUGACUGUUUUAAGAGGACAGAGUGGAUGGAUUAUUAUAGAUUGUAUGUCAACUAUAGCCUCUUCAAGUAAAGCAUUUGGACUAAUAAAAUCUACCGUAGAAGACCUUCCUGUAUCUGCUGUUGUUAUAACUCAUUCACAUUUUGACCACUUUGGAGGAUAUGAUGCAGUAGCAACACAUAACACUCCUUUGUAUAUCCCAGAAACUUUUUAUGAAUCACUAUUUGAUGAAAGUAUAUUUGCUGGAAGUGCUAUGUCAAGAAGAGCAGAAUAUAUGUAUGGAACUCGCCUUAAUGAAUCAAAGACAAAGUCAAGUGGAAAUGGGUU